GACUACUAUGAAGAAAUACUGGCAGCACUCCGACGAGGAGAAUCGUUAUUCUUGUGUCCCUUGGAACCUCUCAUGGAGGAGAUUGGAGUAGAACUUGACAAUGAUCUCGCUAUUGAGGUAGAUGACACAAUUCUCGAUAUUCUUGGUAAGUUAUAUGACGACUGCUCCCGCACAAAUGAAAUCAACCCAGGUUCCUCAACUUAUCCAUGGACGUCAAUAUCGGAAUGUAUCACACAACUCCUAUUCAGCUCGCCUUGCACUCGGUUUUCGGAGGCUCAAAAGAGGGCUGUUCUGGACUGGGCUACUGCACUCGGUGCUAAAGACGUUCCGACACUGUACAGUAUCAAGAAAACUCAAGACCAUAUCCGUGACUUAGUGGGAAAUCCAACUGAAAAGGUUUGCGCAAAGUCGGGCACCGUGUUUUACCUCAAUUCUGUUGCAAAAGCAAUCGCAAAGGAUUAUGGCAAUCCUCUUACACGGUUCACCAUGCGGGAUUACCCAGAAGAAGGAGAUGGAAGGAUGUCGCAAGUUCAUCAUGGCUACAAGAUGAUGCACAACCUCCCUGAUGACCUUUCCCCACCUACAGUCCGUGUGGGAAUCAACAUUUUCUUUGUUGACGAGCUCCUUCAACUGUCGUCCAUGGAAUAUUUCAUUCCAAAGAAGUUUUUUGAGGUGAAGAUAACUCCUGACAACAACGCUCAGACAUUGGCCUUAGGUCACAUUGUUGUGCGGACUGACGCAGGAUUUUCUGUGGAUCCCAAGCGCGUGCUCACUCCAGUCUUGUCAUUUGUACGGACAUUUGAGGAUAUUAAAGGCCAUGCAACUGAGUUCGAGUGCGGUUUCACA